UAAUCAGUCACCAAUAGGAUCCAAUUCAACUGUAUGAGAUUUUCAAAAUGGCGGGAAUGGUAAAGGAAAAGUGUGAAAAGCAGGAUUCUGCAUCAAAGUAUAUAUCCGAGGAAAAGAUACUUAUUCAAGAUCUUCAGAAUUUGAAAUUAAAUCAACUUAUACAGCUUGAAAAGUAUCCUGUCUGUAGCAAGCAAGAUGUAGCAGAUAGAAUAAAAGAUAUAUUUCAUCAAGAGCAGUCUGAUCAAACCAUAGAUACUCUCAAGGGCCUGUCUUCUCCAAGUGCACGACUGCUUGGAAAAUUGGCAAUUGAUGUUGCUGACAACUACAAAGAGCUUGCAAAUCGGACUGAAAAGAAACUUUUAAACCAAAUUAGAAGGAAACACUUUUUACAUGGAGACAACUUCCUUGUUGACAAUGUACCUGUUCACCCUUUGUUGAGGCAGUGGUACAAAGAAUUGAAAGUAUUUUCUGCCAAAGCUUGUAAACAGAAUCCAGAUGAUUACACUUUAACAGCUUUACAAGAUAAAGAAGCCUUCAACAUCAAGUAUGAGCCGAUGUGUGCCAAGUGCAGAACUUUAGCUGGACUAUCUACCUCAGGCAAUCACCAUGACACGAAAGAGAAGUCUAUUGCCAGUCUGUCUUUUUCUUCCUGUCAUCUUGGCUACUGCUGUAGGGUUUCAGUUGAAUCAGCUUGCAGACUGUGCCUGAUUUUAAGCAAAAAUGAAAGGCCUAUGGCAAACAUAUGGGAAUGGACUGAAGGUGACGUAACCAUAAGAACAGAACCAGCAUUUUGCAGUGAUACACAAAUUUUGUUAUCUAGCGGACAAACUACUUCUGCUUCUGUGUUUAUUCACAAGCAGUUAUGGACUUUUAUUCAAGAUUUGAGUAAGGUCAGUUAACUAGUAGUGAGAUAAUUUUUAUUUCACCGCAGAUUUAAGUUGGUAUUUCAAUGGGUAUCUAUACUAUUGCUCUUGA